AUGUGUGUGGAAAUUUAAUUGCCACAGGCUGUAUGUUAUAAUAGACAGAUAUGUGGAAGGAGAAAUGAAAAAAAGAGAAAGAAAAAGGGGUAUAGUUGGAUAUAUAAUUAAGUGGGGUUUGUUAUGUAAUAAUGAUGGGUUAAUGAUCUUGCUGGAAAGUGUUUAUUAGAGAGCAGAUCUUACCUGUUGGAUCUAUACUAUACUAAAAGCAAGAUAUAGAGAGCAAAGAAGCUGUCCACAUCACUAAAAAUAUUCCUCCAAUCAGAACAUUUCAUUUGGACAUGUCAGAUGGGCUUCAGUCUAUUGAGAUACGUUUGGGCCUCAGGUGCAUAUGUUUUUUCGCUGGACUUUGUUUAGUAAAAUCCACAAAUAACAAUCGUUCUUCCUGCCAAAUUAUAUUAUUCUGGUCAUCUGCGGCCCAAUUAAGUAAAAAAAACCCUAUCGAUUCUCUUUUUUUUGACUCCAUCUUCUCUGUUUCUUCUUCAUUCAAUCUCUGUUACUGAACCUCAACUGUUAUCCAUGUUCUUCAAUACCCUCUUAAGGAAUUCCUUCCACCUCUUCUCGAAAAAACGAAAAAGAAAAUCCCUUUCCUCCACCUUAUGGCCAGAUGGUGAGUCAAAGGUCUUAAUCGCCGAGAGAGACGGUUUAGUCGGCGAGCUAAUGAAAUCAAUUAGAAGAGACUCCGAUUCGAGCUUAAUCAAAGCGACGCUAUUCUGCUUGAUCGCAAUCAGCUCACCGAGGCGCGUGAAACUCAAUCUAAUCCGAGAGAAGCUCAUCAAGGGUCUUACGAAGCUGUUAACGGAUCCAACGACGGCGAGCGUUUCGAUGACGGAGAAAUCUUUGAAGCUUCUCGAGGGUUUAGCAUCCACAAAGGAAGGCAGAUCGGAAAUCUGCGGAGGAGACGGCGAGUGUUUGAAGACGGUGGUUAAGAAGCUGAUGAAAGUAUCGACGGCGGCGACGGAGCACGCCGUGACGGUGCUUUGGAGCGUCUCUUAUCUUUUCAAAGAAGAGAAGGCGCUUGAAGCGGUUACGAGUACUAACGGCGUUACGAAGAUCCUGUUACUAUAUAUGAGUACUAGAACUAUAAAUUUUUUCUACUUGAUGCUUUUUACCGUUUUGAGUUCUUGGUUUUAAGAUUCAUAAAAUAACCGAAGGUAUAUGUUUUUUUGGUUCCCUUCUCUCUCUUUUGUUGUUGAGAAUUCAUGAAUUACAUAUAUUUCUGAUGAGGACACAAUGUUUCGUUUGGAUUU